AUGUUGAGGGACUUUGUUUACGUAAAUGACGACUAUUCUAUCAGAUUAUGUUAUGUGAUCGUCGUAUUUAAUUACUGGACAAGGUAUUACCCUGAAAGAAAAGACACCUUACAAAAACGAUGUCUGCAUGUGUAUCUCUAUGGCGUUGAUAUUCACUUAUAUAAUCGCACUUCUGUUUACAACAUGUUGAGUAAUAUUUUCAAGCCGGAUUAUAAUGAAUCAUCCGAGUUGUUAUGUCGCCCAGCAAGUGCAACUGGAACUUCUAAAGAAACGUCUAAACUCAUCACAUCUCAGAAACAGAUGAGUCACCAAGUCGAAAUUUCAAGUGACCAUGAAAUGAGUGGUACUGCUUCCAGUUCGGGUAUUUUAGACGCGUUUUGGAGACACGCUCACAAACUGAUGCCUGCCAUUAAAUUUGAUUUUGAGUUAACUAAAAUAUGUGCUGGCAACCAUCUGCUACCCAGAGCUUGCCUUCUCACUUGCAGUCGAAUUUAUGGCUCUUACAGUACUGGUGAUGCUUCCUCUCAGUGGGAUAAGUAUCAACACCAAAUCAAAUCACGCUUUGUCAAUAUGAUGGGCUCGCUUGUCGUAGUAUCUAAAUAUUCAGGUCAGCAUGCAGUCGAAGAGCCACCAAAAAGCUGGGACAAAGCAUUUCAUGUAUUUCAUUUUGGAGAAGGCAUGAUUAACUACAUACUAGACGAACCAGGUAUUGCAACUUCAGAGUGUGAAAAAUUAGAAUUGCCUACAAAUGAUACAACUGUCCUGCGAACAUGGCCUAAAUGGGAAUUACGUGUUGAUGUAAAUAAAGUGUGUCAACUUAACUAUGGUCCAUGGGCUGAUCGUCAACGGGAUAUUAUCUGGCGAUUUUUCUUUCCACCAUCAUAUCAAAUAGCCAAACCCAGUGAACCUAUUUCUGUAGGUCAGCCUAGGGUUGCUAAGAAAUUCGUUUUUGAGUUGAAGACUUCAACAAAUAUCGACUUAAAUGUUUACUUUACAAGAAAUAAUAUCGUUGAAUCUCUGAAGCUGUCAGGAUUUCCAAAUUCAAUUAUUAAACUGAAUAUACCAUGGUUAAUCGGUCGUAAUGGCUUUAUUACAACUCUACACGUGAAUCUAAUUAAAAGCAGUUUAAUCACUGAACAUUUAUGGCGUAAUCUAUUGACUAGUGAUCAGUAUGUAAAUUUAGAUUUAAAAAUGCACUAUCCAAGAGAAUGGAAUAUGCGACAUUUAUGGGAUAUUGCUAUAGAUAUUCGGGAUGCACAAUUAACCAUAUUAUUUGAUUAUAAACAUUAUUUUAAAGGUCUCAUAGAUGACUGGUGCCGGGGUUCGCAUCCAGAUCUACUUAGUUUUGUUCCUUGUACGUAUAAAUUUCAUAUCAAAUCGAACAAUUUGGAUUUUAUUCUACUGGCCAACGAUUACAACUGGAUAUCGAAAAAAGGAGAAAAUGCUCAUUUAGGAUUUCGUGCAAAGAAAUUAAUGCUUACAUUCGAUUUACCAUUUGUGGAUUUCUUACCGGCUACAGUGCCAGUUAUUUAUACCAUUGAAGGUUCAUCUGUCUCACUUCGGUUUUCUAUACCUGAAACUAGUACAUUACAUUAUUUAAUACAAGAGCUUCACAAUCGUUUGAAAUUUGUAAAUGGUCGUGGUCAACUCCAAAAGUCAUCACCAUUUCAUUCUAGUAUUCAAGAGAUGAAAUUGUAUAACUCAGAAUCUAAAACAAUUAAUCUUCAAUGGUUUGAUUGUGGUUGGGCACCUCGUAUCAGCCUUCGAAUUGCCUAUGUCUAUCAUCCAUCACCAUGGGUAUCUGAGUAUUGGCAUUUUCUUCCACCUGACUUCAAGAUGACCGUAGCCUCUCCUAAAGGUUCACUUUCGACUAAUCCAUCUUAUCAACGCAGCAGUCGUAAACUAGGCGGAUCAAAACACACAAAUGUUUCAAACCAACAAAGCACAGAACUAUCUAGUCAAACAGACUUAGAAGAGUCAGCACUUCAAAAACUUCGACCAGAAGGUAGUCAUACACAAGGUCCUACAGAAAAUGAUAUACUACAGAGUAAAUGUGAUGUUUUCUCUUCUCUAGAACCAGAUACAGUUGAUUUACAUUUGCAUAUUCCAUCUGCACAAUUACUCUUCUAUGGAACAUUACUUCGACAUUUCAUUCAUGUGAAAGAAAACUAUUUUGGAUGUCAUCAGAUACCUGUUAGUUUUGAUCGUGAACCUCUUCAACCAGAAGAAAGCACAUCUCUUACUGAUGAUGAUUUAAUUCGAUUGAAAUCUCAAGCAAAGCCGCCUGACAAAGAUGAAGAUUUAAGUAAAGUUAAUAAACUUCCUGAGAAGCGUAUUAUAGAUCCAAGAGAUUGUCGUCCUCUGUCUGUGCGUGUUUCACUUGAAUUUCAUAACGUUCAGGCACAUCUGCCUAUGCAUGGUUCAUCUAAUGAGUCGCCCUGCCCAACAGCUUUUCUAGAUUGUAUUGGCUUUGAAAUGGAUAAACGCUGGCAUGAGACAAAGCUCCAGUUACUCUUCUCACCAAUUUUAAUAUGUUUUUAUGAUCAAAAUAAGGAUUUUCGUUCAAAGUCAACCUCAAACAUUUCUUCCAGUCGUAUUCAGCUUGUUGGUUUGCAACUGCGUGGCCAAGGGAUGUUUAGUCAUGUUGACUUACCUAUCCGAGCAGAGUCUUUAGAAUAUGCAUGGUUAUUAGAACUAACUGUUGGUCAACUUACUGGUCAAUUAUCUGCUCCAAAAAUGGCAUGUCUAGUCCAAUGUGUAAAAGAAUUUUUAUUCUCUGCAGUAGACUCUGAAAAUCAGCUAACAUCUUCAAGGGCAUUUGAACUUUGUCAGCAUGGUCGUCCACAGCAACUUUGUCCGUUUUGGUCUAAAAUCUGUCCAAUCACUUUAUGUCCAAGUGAUAUGCAACUAAAAUAUCGAAUGUUUCGUCUAACUAUUGAUGCUAUUGACUUGAGUAUUGUGGAGAAUCGAAACUGCUUGUGCAUUCAAUGCGAUCCAAUUCGUUUAGCUCAUUGUAACCGGCAUGGAGCUACUCACUGUGAUGGAAUGUUUGUGUUAGUUCCUGAUGUAAGAUUAAUACAGUUUGUCGCACCAUUAGCUUCUGAAGUUAAAGAUCAAUCCAAUUCCAACAAUCAUUGUGUAAAUACUAAACAAGUCGGAGAUUCAGUACUAUGGUUUGAAGCUGGUUCAUUCUCUCUUGGUCCAGUUCAUAUUAAUCUGUCUAGAUCACCAGAAAAACGUGAUCAUCUUGACUGGCAAUCAGAAUUUCUUAAACUUCAUGAUUUAACAACAAAACGUUUAUCAUUUCUUUGGUCUGAUAAUAAUAAUAAUAACAAUGAUGUAAUCAGUGGUACAAUUCGUAAUGCUAGUUUAAAUUCACGUCAUACUACAAAAUCAUUUGAUUUAUUCUCUACUGGUGAUAGUAAACUGAUGCUGAAAAGGUCUUUACCAGGUUAUGUUGCUCCUGAUAUAAUGCCAAAUUGUGGAUGUUAUGGUCAGUGUUCAUUUUUUGGACAAAAUGAAAGUGGUCGAAGUUUAUUUAAUGAAUUAUUAACUGGAGAUUUUCAACAGCGUACUGUAUUCCCAUCCAGGACAGACUACAAGCCUGAUUUAUUUAUACCAAUCAUUAGUACUACUACUACUAAUAAUAAUAGUAAGAAUGAAAAUCAUUCAGCUUCUGUACUCAAUCCGCUUACUGCUAAUCCACAAAUAUCCACGUCAAAAGAUAACGAAUGCAGUCCUAAAAGUUUGGGAUUUGGAGAAAGUCUACUAUUGCCUAAUUGUUUACUCCACGAACUUCAUUCACCUCAUGAAUGUCGAGAGAGGCAUAAUGGUUUAUUGCUUAUGAGGGAAGAGGUUAUUUUGGCAUAUCUUGAGGCUAGUAAUCAAAAAGGUAUUGACUGGAGCUUAUUGCAUUUUUGUGAAGAUGAAGACCAGUCUGAUACAGAUUCAACUAAAAGUUCCGAUAGUCUGGGAACAUAUGCAUCUUUUGAUAGUUGCAGUAAAUUAGAACACCUUAUUGAACAUGAUUCUGAUGCGUCUGAUAUGGAUUUAUCUAUAAAAGAUUUGAAAAAUCCUUUCAAAGAUACAUUGAUACUUUCUGAUCCUACGGAGAAGAAAAAGACUAAGGGUUCUUGGCCAGAACUCAAUGUCUCUCAACACACAAAGCCUUCAUCUCUAUCUGAUCUUUUAGUGCCUGUAGCUACUGAUGUUUCAAAAGAAACUACUAAUGCGGAUAAAAGCAAUGAUUUAGCAGAAGUUGCUUCACUUCAUUCCCUACAAAUAAACUAUUCCCCUGUUUUAUCCAAUGUUAAAACAUCACCUAGUGUUAAAUCACCGCCUACUCCACCACCAAGAAAGUUUGUCAAAGAACACCAAGCUGGUGAUACAAGACAAAGUGAACUACACGAAUCUGAGAAGUUAGUUCAAGAUAAAGAAGUGAAUAUUGGUCCUAGAAGUUUAGAUGGUGAUAAAAAGGAAUAUAAUGAUGUCUUUGAAAAUUUCGUCGAUCUUAGAACUCAAUUAAAUCGACCAAUAAGCGAAAGUGGUCUUUUACGUCCAGCCUAUGGUCGACACUUAAACGCCUACAAGUGUGUUGCUGGCUUAACUUGCCCAUCAAAUCUUCGAAAUCGUUGGCGUGUUUGUAAACAUAUCCAUCCUGGCAACACUUGCCAACGUUCACUAGACAAUCUUUUAAAUGCUGAUAACAAUACAUAUAUUAGUCAGUUAAAGUCUCCACGUCAUCAAAAUAUGACUGCUUUUAACCUACUGCGUCAAUGUCAACCUAAGGUUGCUAUAGCACCACGCUUUCAAAUUCGACAUACCGGUUUCUCACCUCAAUCGAUUACAGUUCGUUCAAAUUCACUACCAUCGCGUACUGAUGUUCCUUCAUCGAGUAGUCCUGCAGCUGUCGUUAACGUUGAAUCCAAUUAUGAUGUCGACUCUGUUACUACGACUAUAAAAUCUAAAGCUAUCGUGUGGCUUCAAGGCCCUGUAAACUUGUUGCUUACUCCACUUUUAACAGAAUCUCUGGAAAGAUAUAUAAAAAUACUUAUGCCUAUUGUUAAAACUACGUCACCUUCCUCGAUUGUGGAUUCAAUGCACUACAAAUGUGUAAAGUCAAUGGAACAGCAAAUAAAGCCUCUGUUAAGUUCUACAAAUAGUAUAACACCUAAAAUUCAAGAUACAUCUUUACCAAAAAGCAAGUCAACUCAGUCACCUCGUCCUAUAAUCACUGAUAAAUCUUCUGCUAAUGUCGUUGCUCAUACUGAAGAACGUCAGUCAAUAUUAUAUAAUCUACUUGGUUCUCGUUUCACUCAAGAGGCAACAUCUACUAAUAUGCCUCACCAAAAUGUUACAUCAAAACCCUUUCGAAUUCGUAAGACAUCAGCAGAUUAUGAAUUAAUGUCCAAUAGCCAAGAUACUGUCAAAUUUACAAAAAAUACUUCAGAUGUAACUAAGCCAUUACAUUUAGUGGCUGAAAUUUCCGGUGAUCAUUCAGAAGUAAAUUUUGCCGGUUCACCCUCCAGCAGUGCACCUGUUACUUCGAAGAAUGUAGGCAGGCACAAUUGUAAAUCAGCGCUGUCAAGCAAAGUCGCUGCAUUAUCAGUCGAAAGAAUUAAUAUUUCAUUCUUACAACUUUAUGCUGUCGAAGAUUUGGUUCAUCUGGACAGUCUUAAAUCUGGUCUACACGAUUUAACUUGUGUCUCUCUAAUGACAUUUUGUUUAGACUCAUUUUCUUUUGAGUUAAUGGCAUCAUAUAAACGUGAAAUGUUGAAUGAUAAAUUUAAUGAUGAAUCUAUUCAUGAUCGACAUAAUAGUAUGUCUACACCAGGAUCAAAUAUUAGUAAUCGACCUUUUGUGGCAUCAUCAACAGUUGAAUCAGGUCACCAGACAAUUCGACCACCAAGUAUACUAAAUACACAGAAAUGCACAAAACUACGAGAUGAUGGUGUUUCAGCCAAAAUGAUCUCCUCUAAUAUAAGUGAUCUGUUAAAUGCUUAUCCUUCUUUUCGGGAACAAUGCAAUACUACGUCAAUAAACCGUAAAGAUAGAAUGAGUAAUUCUUUUCCUGGUAGGUUACAACACAAACGACAACCAUCUGCCCCUCCAGUUUUAUACAAUUUACCUGAUUUGACUCAAAGUUGUGAAGCAUUUACCCGGUCAUCUGAGCCAAUCAUUCGAAAAUCGAACAAAUGGUAUGAUUGUUCACUUACUGAUUCAAAACCCAAUCCAUACAAGCUCACGAAUAAGACAGAAGACAUGAAGGUGACUGAUGGUCAUAGUUUUCAGGUUGAUGAUAAAUUACCCAAUGUUGAGUUCACUUCAUCGAAGCCUGUAAAAAAGACUAUCGACAAAAUUGACGAUAUCAUUGAUUCAAUCAAUGUGAGACCGACUACAACUGAACCAAGUGGCAAUUUAUGGAAUUCACAUGAUUGUGAACAUCUAGGCAGUGAAUUAGUCUGCCAAGUAACCGUUCAUAGACUACAUGGACAAUUACGGCGUCUUACUCGUCAUAGUCAAUUCAAUGCAGAUGUUUUGUUAACAGCAAUACCCUUUGAAUCGUCUAGAGCAUUUUUCCGUUUCACAUCUGAUCCGCUUACUUCUAAUACUAACACUGUAACUGAAUCUUCGUGUACAUCUAAGUAUCUUGAAGAGCAGAGUUUUGGAUGGAUUAUGUUUGAGUGUGGUUUAGAAGAUUUAUCAAUUUCUUGGGUUCAACGUCGUGGAUUUCCUGAUUCAGUGUCUGGAAAGGUUACUACUUCUACCGAGGAACACCGUAAGGACACUUAUAAUGAGAGCACUGCUUCUAUGCAAAAUGCCUCUCCUCAACCUCCUUUGCCUAAUAAUUCGUCAACCAAUAAAGAAUCUAGUCGUGUUAACGGUUUGUCAUCGAAAUUACGUGUUAAUACUGUCUGGUUGAACUUUGCUACUCCAAAACGUUUACCAAAUAAAAGAAGAAUUGAACUUAUCAGGUCUGAUUGGAACUUAUUAAGCACUGCAGCUCCAACAAUCAGAGCAUGGAUUGAUCCAUGCAAUCGUUUGGUUGGUGUUUGUAAACAAUUUCACAUGAAUUCAGAACGUCGAUUUUUGGCUGUAAUUUCAUGCCUUAUGACUGAAGUGGUGAAUCCUAGGUCAGAGGUGUUGAAUGUAAAAAACAAACGAUGUCCUCGUCCAAUUAGUACCAAAGUUCAAUUGGUUAUGAAUAAUAAUGAUUUAGACGGAUAUGCUCGUCAUAGAACUCAAACUGCUCAUAUACUGCGUUUCGAUCCCAGUUGUCAGUUGCUCGUUGUCUUAAGGCGAUAUCUACUGGCAAUGAAUGAUUAUUAUGGUGUAAUAAAGGCUGAUGAACUUUUAGGUGAAAUGCUGAAAGAUCCCGUUGUACCUCAAAAUGAGUUUCUUCAAAGAGGAAUUCUUUCGUUAACACGAGAAUGGCGGUUUUUAGUUGAUUCACUUGCUCUUAGUAUAUCAGAUUUAAGAGCUUCAAGAGAGUGUACAACACCAUCGAUUCCCGUUUACACAAAUUAUAUGGUUGACUUUCGUCAGAAUGAUUUAGAAGAACCUGCUUUUCUAGGUGUCAGUAUUCCUAGAACUAAUUCAUUGUUUGGUGCACCUCAGGACUGCCAGGCUGAAGAUACUGAUGCAGUCCAACCAGUGACAGCUGUAAAACCACUUGCAACAAAUCAUCCUAAAACUGGGAGCUACUUUCCAAUUGCUAGUCCUGCAGUAACAUCUCGUUUGUUAAAAAUGGUAGUUGGUUCGUUAUCUCCAGCAUCGCCUCAACUUAUGAGGUCAGGACUUGUGAAUGUUGAAGAUGGAUUGAAAUCUAGCCCAAACGUCAACACAAAUUCAGGUGUUUUUGGAAAGCAGUCAGACGAUAUGAAUACCUCUGUUGAUAAAACUGUUGGUCAUACACAAGGACAAAAUAUAUUAAAUGAUGAUUUAUAUGACCAAUUAGAUGAUAUUUAUUGGGAUACAAGUGAUCAACUAAGUGAUUGUAUCAUAGAUACUAGUGAACCGUUAGUUCGUAAUCCAAUUAUGAAACGAUUUCUUCAAGAUGCUAGAGCAAAUAUUAUGGAGCAUCCACAAACAUGUGAAGUAGCUUCACGACCUACAAUAAACAUCACUGAUCAUAAUGUACACCAGAAUACUGAAAAUUCUUUUGCAAACAGGUUAUCCUCUUCAAGUACCGUAGAUCAUCAUGUUUGUGAAAGUGAUACGUGUGAAAAAACGGCAUCAGAAGAUAGUAAUCCUAAAGCUGCCGUGAAAAAGUCUACAAAAUCUACAAAAGAAAAACAAAUUCCUAUCAAUACAAACUUCGACCAUUCACUUAACACAGACUGUAAACUGACAGCAGCUGAUUUUGAACAGGCUGCACAUUUAAGCGCUCAAUAUCGUUAUGUUGCUUAUAUACAAAAUCUGUUUUCACCAUUGUUAGAAUCAGUUGGAUUAAGUGUUAAGGGGAUUCGUCGGACAACACUAAUGAAAAAAUUUGAUGGAUUUCUGUCAGUUGAUGGUCUUUUACAGACAUUUCAGAUUGAAAUAGUCUCCUCUGCACGUAAUCCCAUGGUACAUUCAUUUUCAAAACCUCCAGCACCGGAACAAACGAAGACUGAUUCAUCGUCUAACUUGAGAUCAAAUAACCGAUUAGGUAGUCAACAACAAACAACCUCACAAAGACAAUUAGCCUUCUUAUGCUGUAAUUUUGCAUCGAGUUUAAUAUUACGUGAUAUUGUAGACUACAAAACUGGUAAUUCAACAAGAUUUCAGAAACAAAAAACUAAUCAGUUAAGUCAAAUGCAGACUACAACUAAAAUGGAUAUUAUUCUACACAUCGACUUUAUUCGACAACAUGUUAACUUAUCCUUAUUGCGUUUAGUUCAUCAAUUUGUUACUAUGAUCUACUGUGCUAGAGAUACAUGUAAAUCAGUUUCUAAUGAUCAUUCAAUUGAUCCAAUUGUUUCAACACCUUCAGCCGCAUGGCCCCAGAAAUAUGAUUCUAAAGGUUCAUCAGACGAUACCGAUGGAACUUUUCGAUCACGUUCAUCUGCUUAUGUUCGUUUUGGUGAAGAAUCUAUUGAUAGUGGACGACUUAUUCAAGGUGAACAUUUGAAAAGUAAACAUAAAUAUGAAAGUUUCACCAACACUGAAGAUCGGUAUUCUUCGUUUGCUAUUGAACCUGAUCGUUCUUCUGCUGAGAAUACAUCAAAUUCUAGUGCAGAUAAAGAUUUAUUAAUUAUAACUAAUCCAGCUAAUUCACAUGACGUCAUCCCUACACUGCCUUCAUUUUCUCUUGUUCCUACCAGUAGAAUUUCAGAUUAUGAUGAUACUUCAUUAAAUGCUACAAGAUUACCUGGUAAUCCUUUUUGUUCUCCACCUUCCUGUUGGAAACGUUUAGCUAAUUAUGUUGAAUUGUAUUCUACAGUGCCUAAGACAAAAACAGUCAUACGCAAGCCUAUGUCUGCAUCAAUUCCGACUAUGGCAAUGCCAACAAUUACAGAAGAGGAUCGUGAUCAUAAUGCUAUGUGUGUAUCACAGGCUUCUAAGGUUAAAACCAGCAUAUCUACAACCAAUCCUCCUCCAAACAAUUCUGGUUUAAGUUCGCCUACAGGAAAUAAGGCGAUCAUUUUCAGUAAGAAAACAUUUCCUACUGUUACCUAUCGUGUUCUUAAUGAAGAAGCAGACAAUGAUCACACCUGUAUGCAAUCUAAAGAUGCCAAUUACUACACUACCAAGUCAUCUGGAAUAAAUCAAUGGACUUCUGGUAUACAAGCAUUUCCUUCACGUCCUUCCUCUACUGCUGCGGCUGCUGCUGGUGGCGGUGAUAAAAUUCAAAAUAUCCUCAAUGCUUUAACAACUAAUGAACAACAAUAUAAAUAUCCUUUCAUUGGUUUAACAGAUAAAUCAUCAAAAAAAGAUGGAUUGUCUAGUUGUGGAGGCUUAGAACAUUUCACUUAUCCAUGGGUUUUAGGUGAACGUGUACCACUUGUUGUUUUUGUUACAGCUAAAAUACGUCAAAUGGCUGUUAGUGCUGUACUCAGUGAGCUUAAUUUGAAUGCAAGUAUUCGAAAUGUUCACGGGUCAUUUACACUAACAAAUCAAAUACGUGGUCGAGGUAGUUUUACUGAAAAAUUCUCUGCGCAUAGUUCGACUUUACAUUGUGGUGAUUGUAAUAUUCAGUUAACCGAAAAGUUACCACUUAGCAUUCAAGAAGUAGUAUGUGUAAAAGCUGGACGUUCCCAUGCUAUGCUAUCGUGUAGCAGAAGUUUACAUUCUGAAAGAAAUGCAUGCGUUUUUAGUCUUGGAAGAAUUAUGGUUACUCUACCUCAUCAUCCUGUUCGACUGCAUAGUGUAAUGCAACGUCAGGCUAAACGUAUCUCGUCUACUGUAUAUGAACUCCUGAGAAAUCCAAACACCGGUUAUACACACAUACAUUCAUGGCGUUCCUCAGGAUCUCGUAUGGCGACAACCCCAACAACAUGUAGUACAGCAACUACAGCAAGUGACCCUUCAAAUAAUCUAAAAUCACAUCAGUCAGCAUCAGAACCUGUACAAAUUUCAGUCACGAAUGCUAAGAAGGUGAACCAGUCACCUCCACUUGUGUUCAGUCUUCUAGCUGUUUCUCAAGGUUUAACUGUCAAUGUGGCUUUGCAUUCUACACUGAAAGCUGUUUACCAUAUUGAUCCCGUUUACGUUUCUGGUCAGCUUGGCUCACGCACUUAUGUGGACAUUAGUAUCACCGAUCAUUCUCUCAGCCUUAAAUCUUUGCGUCCUCCUGCUAACUUUCCAACAUCAAUCUCAUUGCCUUUACCGCGUAUAUUAGCUUCAAUAGUUCAACGUGUCUCUUCAGGCGGCCGUUAUGCUCGUGGCCAACGUAAAGAGGCUAUACUCACCUACGGUUUAGAAGCUGAACAAGGACUUUAUUUAGAUAUUCAAAUACAAAUUGAUACUCUUGAACAAAAUUUAAGUACUGAUAUGCUUAACUAUAUUAUGGUAGUUGUGAAAUUAUUUAUGAAGGAAAUAAAUGAAGUUAUACAAAAAAUGGCUGGUGAUGAACGACCUCGUCUACGUAAACCUCUUUUAAGAUUCACACAAAAUCAAACGAAUCAAUCUGAUGAUUUAACACGUUUAAAUAUAUCCGGUAUUCAAAGUGGUCCGAAUGGUGACUGGAUUCUGUCACGUGCUGCACGUGGCAGAACUAAAUUCACAAUCAAAAUACGAAUGAAGGAGAUUCAGUUGUUAGCAUCAACAAAAAAUGGUGCAAUCAAAUUAGAAGCGAGAAAAAUUGAAGUUGAGUUAACUAAUCGUGUUUCACAAACUCAUUCAAUUCAUAAUCGUAAUGGAUCAUUUUAUCCAUCGAAUGAUUCAAAUAUUUUAUCAACACUUGGUGUAUCUCAGAAAAGACCUUCGAAUUUAAAUAUUCGUCCAUCAAACAAUCCUAGUGGUCACCAUUUUGAUUUUAGUCCUACAUCCCUUGGAGAAUCAAGUGGUCAUGAUUCACUUUUCAUAUACGCUACCAUUGCCAAUAUUGGUCUAGAUUUGGGUUAUUUCGAUCAGGAUACCUUUCAUGCACUUAGUCCUGAUUUUCAAAAUGUCGCAUUUUUCCGUACAUCUAUUGCCUUACGUUCUCUGUUGGCCGAUGAAAAAUUUGCACCAAAUCAAAAUGGUGAUUGUUGUAAUGCAAAUAAUAAUAGUAAUCGUGGUGAACAGGAUGCAUUUCUUAUUUCAUUGAAUCGUCCAAUUGUCUGGCUUAAACCUUUUACACUUGAUCGAGGUAUAAUGAUGUGGAUGGUGUACAGAGAUGAAUUUGCUAAGUGGAAUGAACAUAUAGAACAUUUGGCAUCCAUGGCUCCUCCAGAGGAAAACUUUGAACAGCCACAAAUUGGUUCAGGUUCUACGCAUGGUGCCUACCAUACCAGUGGUCAUCCAAUUAAAGAUCGUUCUCAGCAUACAUUUGUUCCUUCUCCUCCUCCUCCUCCUGCUUAUUCUACUGUACAUCCACCGGCUGCACCACAAAUGAAUGAAAUACCCGAUGUCACUAUCGCGUCUAACCCAUCCGUCAACAGCAAUAAUAAGACAUCAUCAACUUUAUUUUUACAACUAAGUAUAGAAGAUCUUGGCGUUUGUCUACCUAUUCACAUGAUUAAGUUACCGUCUCAAAGUUUAAAAUCGGAUUCACGAACAGCUUUAGUGUUAACAUUGGAUAAAAGUCGUAUAUCUGCGUGUUAUCAAGACUCCCUUGUUAGUCAAGGAGAAUUCACUGACUUUUGUUUACGUUUUGAUGAUGAAUUCAAUGUUGGUUCUGAUGACUGGAAACCAGAUAAAAAACGUUCAACAAUAGAAGUUAAAGGGAAGCGUCAUGUUGUCAUACUGAAUGCAUGUGUUGUUCCAAAUGGAACAUUUAGUGUAUACUGGAGAGAUCCAGAAAAACGUGGGAAAUGGCACCUGACAAUUCAUUGGCAAAUGCGUGGUUUAGAUUUUCAUCUAGACGAUAGUAUUGGUCGUCGUUUAAAGGCACUGUUUACAAUUCUAACUAGAAUGACAGGAUAUAAUGGUGCAGCACCUCUAUUACCGACAUCUGGUGAGGAAGAAGAUGAAGAAGAAGGGGAUGGAGGAUCUCAGUCACGAGAUAUGCUAGAUAUUGAAGAAUGUCAACGAGUUCCGUCGGGUGAAAAUGAACAUCAAGCCUAUCAAUAUCCUGCGUCGACUACUAAAAAACGUUCAUCAACUGUGUCUGCUACUGUUAGCAAGAAUCUAAGUAGUGAUGCUGAUAUCGCCUCAUUAGAUCGUUAUAGACCUUUACUUCUACCAAAAGAUUCUAGUGUGAAAAACACUUUGGAUCAUUCUCAUUUUCGAAGUAUGGAGUUUCAUAAACACAAAUUGGAUUUAUCAGAUGCACAAGCUUUUAAGCGUCAAAAAUGGAAUACUCUUCGAAAGAAAAAAGCAGGGCAUAUGUCUCGAGGUAUCACAUUACGUAAUACAAAUUCAUCAUCUACUGAUCAAUGUGUAAAUGAAUAUAAUACACAACCACUGGGUUCUCAAUCUAUACCAACUGACAGGAAGUUCAUGAAAACAGGUUUACGUUCAUCUGCAUCUGUUACAGAAGAUUUUCUUCCCAGUCAAACUCAUGGUGAUAAUCAAACAAAAAAUAUUACUAAAGGAUCUAAUGGCGUCAUUUUACGUAGAUACAGUAACUUACCUGGUGUUUCUUCAAAUCGUUUCACAAAAAUGGAUUCUGUUUAUUUCGAUGCAGAAGACGAUACUGUCCCCAAUUGUAAUAAUGUAUCAAAAACUGCCGGCAAUCUGGUGGACAAUAAUGACAUGAAAUUAGAUGCUGAUAGUCAACAGUUUAAUGGUCGGUUUUUUGAUGAAUAUAGUGAUGAUUGGUGUGAUCCAUAUAGAAGUCUGGAUGUUGAUGAAGACUUCUUCCAUGAUGCUGAUGAACAAAACACCAUAGAUACUGACAGUUCAGAAUUACCUUGCACAACAAAUCCGAAUCCAACUGUGGGAAAUGACAGCGAUAACUUCAAAUCAAAUAUUAAACCACCAACGCCUCCUCCACGGAAAUUACAUAAUCUUCAUGAUGAAAAUAAACCAGAGUUUCGUCCUAGAUUGGAAAAAUUACGAGAUAAACAAACAAGUUCUAAUGAAGCUGUAAAUACUUCUCAAGAAGAGCCAAAACUUCAAUUGGAAUUAGAUCUUCAGAUUCAUGUUGAUUCUGGUUGUUGUGUACUUCAUCCUCGUCUUCCUUCACGUUUUAUGCCUGAUGAUAAUGGUCCUAAACACAGUGCAGCUUCAAUCCUUUCACCAGGCAUUGGAAUGAAUCCAUUCGGUGUGUCAGAUAAUGGGAAACUGAUAUCUUCAGAUAUUCGUUAUCCAACACUUGGAGUAUGCGGACCAACAACUCAAUUGGAAUCUGGUUACAGAUUCUCUUAUAGUGAUUUACUGCCUGGAUAUUUAGAACGUUAUAGACUUCAGUUAUUACAAGAUUUACAGAUUGUAUCAAAUGAUAUUAGUGUAUUUUACCUACCAGCUGUAGAUGUUAGUCUUCACUACAAUUCUAUGACUGAAUUGGACUUUUUACCAGGAAGUUCUGUCCCGAAUGCUGUUAACUUGCUUAGCGAUCCCCCUGUUAAUACACAGAUAUUAUCUCCAAAUAUUGUAAGAUCUAGAUCAUCUAGUCAACCACGCAAUAGUCAAAGUUCCGGGAGCAAAGAUGAGUCUAUCCCUCGAAUAAAUACAUCAGCUCCUCGAAGCAUAAGAAAACAAGCUGAUUUGUAUGUUUCUUGUUUUCUGCAAAAACUGCCAAAAGAGCUUGUUGUUCAACCAUCAUUACUUGAUUUUCUAGAACAAGCUAUUGACAAUUUACCAUUGGUAGCAGAUUGGAAUUCAGAAGUUGAUUCUGCUUCAUCUGAUUCUGGUAAUGAAGUAUUCUUUGAAAAGUUUCCUGUACAUGCUAUUGUCCAUCUACACGUUCAACCAUCCACUAUACGGUAUGUAUUUAGAUAACCGCUUUUUUGUUAGUUUCGUUUCUCUUGUUUAACAUAACAGCUGUCGAAAAACAAAUCGAAUUAGUGUCGUUUACAAGAGUGAAUAAGUGUAGUAUUAAGGCAUAUAUGCGUUGAUGGUUCAGUGAUAGGAUGGUAGCCAAUCCAAUCACGCGGAAAAUUCUUUCCCAAGCAAAGCAUUUCUAGACCUUGCCUAGACGAAU